CGUCUCCGCUCUCCCUCCUAACAACCAGUCAGUCAGUCAUGAACUGCCUCGUCGACCUCGGUUUAUUACUAACGUGAAAUUACCGAAAAUAUCUCUUGGUUCAGUGUUCGGCAGUGUAUUUAACUCAGGUGCGAGAUUUAUUUGUGUUCGUGAUAAAGACAACGAGAGAGUGUAGGUGACUUAAAAUUUGUUGCUCUUUCUCCGAACUUGGAAGAAAUGAGUCAAGUAAUUCAGUGUGGGCGGUGCUGAGUCACUGUGUUGCACCACCCAUCUGUACUGUUCAUCCCCGUUCCUCUAUAUUGAUAACAUUUUAUAAUUUGGUACCAAUUUGGCUUAAAAUGUAAUAAACAACAACUGGAUGUGUGUUGUAUGCUGGCGGGGUGAACCUGAGGUAUAGUCACGGAGACUCCUGUGACGUAGGCUGUUAUCGUAAGCCGGUGACGGAAACUUACAAAGGAAACUGAUUACAUAGGAUGGUGACAGAGACCUUGGUGAGAUGCUAAGCCGAUUGAAGAAAGUGGGGGUGAGGGAUGACGGUGAUACUGAAGGAGAAGCAGCAGCAGUAUCAGAGUCGAGGGUGAGCGCUGUGGCGGGUCACCUACAGACCCUGAUCCAGGCGGUGUCGCAGCAGUACUCCAGGUGGAGCAUCCACUCUAGCGGCGACCACUCUGACGAUGAGAACGAACUCAGCAAGGGUCACAAUGGCUUCGACGAGCUGCGGCGCUACAUCAAAUCAGGCGGGGAGUUCUGCAAGGAGCUGGCGGUCAUCAUGCACGAGAGAGCGGAGUUGGAGGCGAACUACGCCAAGGGCCUCCACAAGCUGUCAGGGAAGCUACUGAAAGCAUCCAAGGAGAGUAUGGGCACAGUCAACCAGGCCUGGCAGAUGGUGGGUGCCGAACUAGAGCAGGAAGGAGAUAUGCACAAAUCAAUUGCAUCUGCAAUUGCAGAUGAUGUAGUGCGACCACUCCGACAGUUGAUUGAAACUCAACACAAGAUUAGAAAGGGUGUGGAGAGUAUGGUGGACAAAACCACGAAAAAUCUUCAUGACUGGCGAGCAGCAGAGAGCAAGGCCAAAAAACAAUGUUAUAGUAACUGUAGAGAUAAUGAGAAGAUUCAAGACAUGAUGCUGGAAGCAAGACUGGGGAGAGGAAAAACACUCUCUGACAAGGAGACACUGAAGAUGGAAAAACAAAGAAGAAAGGCAGAGGAAGCAGUACAGAAGAGUGAUCUGGAAUAUUACACAUGUUGCAUUCGUGCAGAAAGAGCGAGACUUGAGUGGGAGUCUGCUGUUUACAAGGGCAGCAAUUGCUUCCAAACAUUGGAGGAAGAGCGCUUACAGGCACUCAAGGACCUUGUUGUUAAGUACCAUAAGAAUGCCAAGGAGGCUGCUCCAAAAAUGGUUGCUACUGCUGGACGUCUGGAUGAACCAGUAUCUGCUUGUGAUGUAGAAAAGGAUAUACAAACAGUGAUCUCAGCCAAAGGAACAGGAGAAAAUGUUCCAGAACAGAUGUUACCAGAUUUCUAUGCUGAAGAUAUGAACAACAUAAUGAACAGAGAAAGGAGAAGAGAGGCACUAGAAAAGUUUAUUCAGAUGCUAAAAACAGACUUAGAGCGCGAGAGGAGAGGAAAGCAAGGAGUGGAAAACUUGGCCAAGGCUCUACAAGAAACUCCUACCUUUGGUGGGGAAGAAUCUCAACAGGAUGUGAAUGAUAAGCUUCAACAUGAUGCCUACAACAGACUACAACAUAUGAAGGCAAUGUUGGCAUACUUGGAGGCUGCUCGGUACAAGGUGCAGAGUUCACUUGAUGAGCUCAGUAACAAACCCAAGAUGACACACCCACUAGCCAAACACAUUGAGGUUCACCGUGACAAGCAGGGCCUCACCUUCUCCAUUUUGAAGGUUCCACCAUGGGUUCGAGGAAACAGUGUAGAUGUGUCCCCUGCCAGUGAUUCCCCAACUGGUUCUCCAAAUUGGAAUGACCGAGGCACUGCUGAUGGAACCUCAGUGCAACCAGAUUCAGACUUCGACGAGUUCAGCUCCCAGGGUUCAGACCGGGACUACCAGACAGCUAUGACAGAAGACAAUGUGGACUCAGGCACUAAGGAUGGUGUCUAUUAUGCUCGUCCCUUAUCUUCAGCGCCAACUGUAGGCAGGUGUAAGGCUCUCUAUGAUUAUGAAGCCAACAUGUAUGAUGAGCUCACCGUCAGAACAGGUGAUAUAAUAAAUAUUCAUGAGAAGCAGCCUGAUGGUUGGUGGGUAGGAGAGUUGGAAGGUGUAAUCGGUAUCUUCCCUGCGACCUAUGUUGAGGAGAUCGACUGAUAUCAGCCAUGCCCGGAGUGCCCAUCUUAUGUGACUAAUACUGAACAGUGUCUCCAUAAAACUCCAGCUUGGGAGGAGAGCUUUGCCUAACUCAGUACUAAGAAUCAGUAUGUCCCUGUCUGUUUGAAGUAUAUUGAAUUAACUCAGAAUGAAAAGCAGUAAGUUGUUACUGAAGUUUCUCAUCCUGUACUUGACCAUAUCAAAAGUCUUGAUGGAGAUUUCAAAAACUAUCUGUUCUAAUGGCUCCAGCUUAAAGAGUUGUCCCUAUUCUCUUUAAGCAAGGAGUGUAUUUGUAAUGGGCAGUUGUGAAAAGUACACACCUUUUAAAGAUAUUAAUAUGGCAAAAAUCUGUCAAUAAAUACUUAAUCAUCAUGACAUAGUCAAACAGUAUUUUUACUGAAUGAGUCAAGUGACACAUUACAUGACUGUCAGUGAGGCAGGGACUGGGCACAAGUCAUACAAGUAACAGAGUCAUAGUAAGAGUAAAAACAUCAGAUGGUCAUUUGACUUUUCAAAGUCAUAUCUGAUUUAUUAUAUUUAUGGAAAACUGCACUCCGAGGCAAACUGCAGACACCAGAAGAAUCCACAGCUGUGUUUUGAACAUUAGCCAUUUCAAUAUAACAGAUUACAUGUUUACACAUGCAUAGGUCAAUCUUUGUAGAUAAAUAAAGCUUUACGUUUUGCUCAGAAUGAACAAAUUGUUAUCAAGACUGAGAAGUUAUGCUGCAGUGCCUAUUCACUGACAGAAUAGGUGCAUGCAUAUCACAAAACUUUUUUAUUGUAAUCUAUAUACUGAAUAAUUUUAUAUACAUAAAACCAAGAUACUGACAUUAUUUUGUGUGCCAUUGUGAUCAAGUAAAUCCUAUAAUUAUCUUGCUUACUAGUGUGCAAGUUGUGUAAAUAUUUUAUAUAAAGUCUUCCAAUUUUCUUGUUUUGUUUGUGUAUUUUUUAUUUACUUUCAUCAGAUUGACUCCUUACUAGAUAAGAAUUUCUUGCAUACUGCAAGAGACCCUUCUUUCUUGUGGAGGGGGGUGUACUGUACAUAAUUUUAAGUCUGGCAAUGUCACUUGCUAAAGUCACUUUUCAUGUAGCAUUUAAUAUAGGGUCUUCCUCUCUCAUUAUUAGUGAGCAGUUACUGACCAUUGGUUAAUACAUGUGUAUGAUUAUCAAGCUACUGUACCACUCUUCCUGGGGUAAUUUAAAGGCAAAGCUUUCACUUGAAUAAAACAUACCGGGUACAUGAAGUAUCCGGAAGUAACUUGUGUUCAAUAUAAAGGGCUGUUGUAAACUUAGCAAAUUUGCUUAUAUACGGUAAUUAUGUUUGACAAUUAAGGGAUUAAAUGUCAACAACAUGCAAUAACAGAAUUAUCAACACUUCCCAGGUAUGUUAUCCAGUGGAGCUGCUCUCUGAAAAUCUUUUGUAUUUAAUCUUACUUCUUCCUUCACUGUCAGAUCUGAUAACAAUAACAAACCCAAAGAAGUCCUUAUAUAUGUCUGUCUUUUUUUAAUCAUUGUGAAUGAAUGUGUUGAAUGAUGUUACUCUUUUUGUUUAAGUUCAAUCAAUUUUUAAGGAGAUACAAAAUUCAUCAGAAUGAAAUUUCCCCAAGAAUUGGAUCUUUGUAGAACUGUAAAUUUUAUGUCGUCUUAUUAUUUUGUUUAGUUUAGAUUUUGUAUACAUACAUAUUUUAUUUGUGUACAUUGUUGUAUAUGGCUGUUGUAAGUUGAAUCUAAUGUAUAUAGUUUAUACUAAAAAUUCAAGAAUUGUCUUAUAUAAACAGUUCUCUCAGUUUUCAUAAAUUGUCAUAUACGUAUACCAAAAUUACUGAACAUUUGAAAUCAUUGAAAUGCAGUAUUAUUUCACCAUCUCAAUCCUUUCUCUUAUACAUGUUAUGAUGUUUGGUAUAAAAGUUUUAAAUGUGGACUGACUGUAAACAAUCCUAAAAGGAAUUGUGAUAAAAUUGAAAUGAACAUACUGUACGUAAUGAAAAUGAGACUUCUUUGUAAGAUGCUUAAAUUUUGUAAUCGUGCAGAAUUUUAUUUCUGAUGCAAAACAGAAAAAUAAGCACAUUUUGGUCCUUUAACAUGCAACUUUUAAAAUGAAGUGCCAUGAUUUAAGUCAACACAUUCUCUGAUACAAGGAAAAUUAUGUAAUCUUACUGAAUCUAAUGAAUACUUUAUGGAUCAAGAAAUUUUUUUAUACAGGUACUUUGAAAUUUGUAAACUUGUUUUAUUCAGCAGUAUAAAAAUGAGGUAAAUACAUAACAUUGGCAGUAGCAACUACUGCCACAGUUGUUGUAAGGGUAUGAUAAAUACAUACUACAGUAUGACAAGGACUUGAACCUAUUUACCGUGAUUAUUAAUGUUAUGUUCACAACACUAAAUAUUCAUUAGAACUCAAAACUCUCCUAAAGAUAUGGUUCAGGUCACUGCAGUAGUGUGUGUUUAUAAGAUGACAAAUGAACUCUUGUAUACACUAGUUACUUCACUAAACUGGGGAUAUCUGUGAAAUAAAAACAGAGAUAUUAUUCUCUGGGACCAACUGACAUGCAUAUUUGUUAUGCAUGUGUGCCUGUGUGCUGGUGUUGGAAAUAAAUCUUUGCAAGGCAA